AUGGAAGAAAAUUAUAGCAAUGACUUCAAUGAAGGGUUCGAAUUAUUCCAGGCAUACUGUCAGAGGUUGAGAAGCAUCCCUCUUUCUUCCGUUCCCGCUCUCAUUCCAGCUUCGAGGAUGCAGAAGAAGGCUUCAAGGCGGCGAAGCACUACUUGUCGUCCUAAUAAACGCAAGCUCGUACACCUGCCACGUCAAAUUAAGAAGAGAAGGAAAUUUCUUGAAGAAGGGUUGACUCCCCUUGUUGAGAAGUAUUGGUUUCAGAGAUAUGAUCUGUUUUCGAGAUACGAUGAGGGGAUCAAAAUGGAUGAACAGGGGUGGUACUCUGUCACACCUGAAGAGAUUGCAAUCACCCACGCCAAGAGGUGUGAAAAUGCAACCGUCAUCGAUUGCUUUGCAGGCGUUGGCGGCAAUGCCAUUCAGUUUGCUUCAAUGUGUUAUCAUGUUGUUGCUAUUGAAAUUGAUCCCCUUAAAGUUGAUAUGGCCAUUAACAAUGCUAAAAUAUAUGGAGUGGAAGAUUACAUUGAUUUCAUUGUUGGAGACUUUUUCCAACUUGCUCCAUCAUUGAAGGGGGACGUAGUGUUUCUUUCACCACCUUGGGGAGGUCCAUCAUACAAAUGGAUGAAGAAAUUUACACUUGACUUACUCAAGCCAAAAGAUGGGUAUGCAAUAUUUCAAGCUGCUCAAGCUAUAACGCCCAACAUCAUUAUGUUCUUACCUCGGAAUGUAGACUUGCUCCAAGUGGAAGAACUCUGUUGGUUGUCUUCUCCUCCUCUACAAGUUGAGAUUGAAGAAAAUUAUGUGAGGAGCAAUUUAAAGGGUGUAACUGUCUACUUUGGUGGCACUGCAGCAUCAAGUCAAUGUGGGUCGUCAUAA